AUGGAUCUUUUCUGUUUCGUCAUCGUUUUGCUCCACGUUUCAUUGGCCACCACCGCCGACUUCUCUCAAGUUUUCAAGUGGCAGGAUGAGUUGGACUACGAGUGGCCUUCCGAGAAGAGCAGGACACAUGCCCUGAAAGUUGGAACUUUUAAACCAUCGAAUUUUGAACCUCGUUACAUGGCUGUUUCAAGAACAAGGAUCUUCCUCAGCCUUUUUAGAACUGUUGGCAUUUCGGUGACUCUGGUGUCUUUGCCGACGAGCAGCGCGUCCUCUGCGCCCCCGAAGCUCACUCCGUUUCCUUCUUGGGACAUGCAUGGCUAUGGAGACUGCAACAAGAUUGAACGAGCGAGAGGGCUGGAAAUGGAUUCUGUCGGCCGGCUGUGGGUGCUGGACAGCGGUAGCGAAAAAUGCGACGUAAAACUUUGGAUUUUCGACUUGUUCAACAACGAUCGUACCAAACUCGUUCAUCGGUUUACAAUUCAAAAAUGGAUGCACGACUUGGUGCUCGACGAAACGCCCAACGGAUAUUUCGCCUACAUCGUGCGGUGGGAAGAAGAACACAUUGUCGUCUUUAGUUUGGAAAGAAAUCAAUCUUGGAAUGUCUACACGGCUGGAAUCAAGGCUUUUUCCAUUGCCGUUUCCCCCAAGAGUCGCUGGACUGAGAACCUUUUGGCCGAUUAA